AUGGAAUGGGCAAUGGCCGAGAUACUACACAACCCAAAGACAUUAUUCGAAGCACGAGUGGAGUUUGAGAAAACAAUUGGCAAAGGCAAACAAGUCAAAGAAUCAGACAUCCCUCAGUUACCAUAUUUGCGAGCGAUUGUCAAAGAAACCUUUAGGAAACACCGAACAGUUCCAUUGUUAGUUCCUCGCAAAGUUGAAGUAGAUAUUGAAGUUUGUGGAUUCACUGUUCCAAAGGGUACACAAGUGCUUGUGAAUGCAUGGGGUAUUGGCCGUGAUCGAAGAAAAAGAAUAUGUCCUGGAUUGCCAUUAGCGAUGAGGAUGCUUCACUUGAUGUUGGGUUCGCUCAUAUUCUCAUUUGAUUGGAAGCUUGUAGAUGGGAUUUCUCCUAAGGAAAUGAACAUGGAGGAGAAGUUUGGCUUUACUUUGAAAAAGGCUCAGCCUCUUCGUGUUGCCCCUGACAUAUUUAUUGCGGGGACAGAGACAACUUCAAGCACAAUGGAAUGGGCAAUGGCCGAGAUACUACACAACCCAAAGACAUUAUUCGAAGCACGAGUGGAGUUUGAGAAAACAAUUGGCAAAGGCAAACAAGUCAAAGAAUCAGACAUCCCUCAGUUAUCAUAUUUGCGAGCGAUUGUCAAAGAAACCUUUAGGAAACACCGAACAGUUCCAUUGUUAGUUCCUCGCAAAGUUGAAGUAGAUAUUGAAGUUUGUGGAUUCACUGUUCCAAAGGGUACACAAGUGCUUGUGAAUGCAUGGGGUAUUGGCCGUGAUCGAAGUACAUGGGAAAGUCCAAACUUGUUUAUGCCUGAGAGGUUUUUGGGUUCACAAGUUGAUGUUUAG